CUGGUGGCUCGCCGGGCCUCCCCUCAGAGCGGCGGCCGGCGUCCCUGAUCUGGCCCGGGCUACCAGCCUGGCCGCCGGGGGUCUCGCCUCAGUCCUCCCCGGACCCUCCCCUGGGAGGCCGCUCCGUGGCCCCUUCCAGCCUCUGGAGGUCUCCCGGCAUCCCCGAGCCGGCCUGCCCUCUCCGCCCCCAGGGUUGGGGGAGGACCUGGGGGGACCGGCCGUGGAUCAGCCGCCCACUCGCGGAGCGACCUUGUAGUAACAGCCUUCGCGUGGCCGUGGCUUCCUACCUCAUAAAGCACUUUUACUGUUGAUUUUCUGGAUUCAUCUCUCCCACAUCGGGAGGUCUUUGGGGAGCCCUUCUGCAUCAGAGGAAAAAGGGACAGGGACAGGGACAGUGGCUCGCUCACGCUCACUCAGAAAGUUAGCAAGGCCGAAGCAUGAUGGCUAACUGACUUCGGACUCAAAGUCCAGAUCUUUUUUUACCAAAUACCACUCCCAGUCAGUCUCAUUUCUUGAUUUCUGAAAGAGGGGUGAUCAUUUCUUCUACAUAGGGACAUUGUGAGCACUCCGUCUUUCAUUCAGUUUGUUUUUGGAAAGUUUAUGGAGCACCCAUAGGUGCUGUACACAUGCUUGACGCCCAGCCCUUACCAGUCCCCCAUGGCCCCAUGGAGCCGAGAGGCGGUGCUGGGUCUCUACCGGGCUCUGCUGCGCCAGGGCCGGGAGCUUCACUACACCGAUAGAGACUUCUACCUUGCCACCAUCCGCCAUGAGUUCCGGAAAAACAAGAAGCUAGAGGAUCCUGAGGCCCGGCAGAGGCAGCUGGAAAAGGGCCUGAUCUUCCUCCACAGCAAACUGGGCGGGAUUAUUUAG